GUUGACCAUAAAGUUUGCGUACACGGCACACACUCGUUUGCUGCUGAUAAAUAACAUAUAAACAAAUUUCAUUAAUCAGUGAUUUUGACUAUUAGCACAAUUUAUGUUCAACUUAUGAGAUCAGUUCGACUGUGAGUGUGUAACAAAUCACAGUGAGAUUAUUAAUAGCUCAAAAAUAUUUUAAUUUUGAUUUUUUUGCUUUACAUUCAACGCUAUUUACAACAAAUAAGAUGUCGUUCAAAGUGGAAAAAGUUCCAUCAACACGAACAAUUGUCGGUACAAGAGCGCAUUGGGAUGAGCUUACCCAAUCGUUGUACUAUAACGAUGUUGAGGGUACAAUUUUCCGUUAUGAUUACAAGGAAAAUAAAGUUUAUUCGGCAACAGUUGAUGGUGAGAAGGUGGUUGGUUUCAUAAUUCCAGUUGCGAAUGCAACAAAAACCAGUGCCAAAGAUGAAUAUGCACUUGGACUUGGUCGCCGAGUUGGCAUUGUGCAUUGGGAUGGGGUAUCAAACCGAGCACUUCUCGGUCCAAUCGCUUUUGAAGUUGAAGGUGAUAAGCAGAAUAAUCGCUUCAAUGCCGCCAAAGCUUGCCCCCUGGGUCGUUUCUAUGGUGGAACAAUGCGUUCGGAAAAAUGUGGUGACAUUUUCCAAGUUGCAGCAGGUUCGUUGUAUAAAUAUAUCAAAGGCGACGGUGUUUAUGAAUUAACGGACGGUGUCUUUGUGUCGAAUGGUUUGGCUUGGGAUGAAACAACAAAUAAAAUGUAUUACAUCGACACCGGAAAAUUUGAUGUCAAAGAAUACGAUUGGGAUCGUAAAACCGGUGACAUCUCCAACGAACGUGUUGUAAUCGACUUUAGCGAUAAUGGGAAAAAUGCCGGCUUCCUUCCCGAUGGACUCACAAUUGAUACGGAGGGAAAUUUAUAUAUUACCAAUUUUGGCGGAUCGAAUGUGGUCAAAGUUGAACCGAAAACGGGAAAAAUCUUAAUGGAAAUACCAAUUCCGGCUAAGCAAGUGUCAUCGAUAACGUUUGGUGGUCCAAAUUUAGAUAUUCUAUACGUAACAACAGCAAGUUCGGGCGACUCGGAUAACGAGUUGGCUGGAUAUCUAUUCAAAAUUACCGGUUUGGGUACCAAAGGAUUUCCGGGCGUUAGAGUUCGCGUGUAAAUUCCAAUAAAGAAUGUGGAAACAAACUUAAUGAAGAAAUUUGAUAAAAUUCUAUGAGAAAAACGCAAAAAUCAGAAAACUUUAUCAAUGUUCCGUGUAAGAGACGUUUAUUUUCUUUAUCUCUGAUGAAUUCAAUUAUACAUAACAAUUUAAGCAAACUAUACUUUUUCAAAUAAUGCCGACUUUGAUUACAGAAAGAAACAAAGUUCAUAAAUUGAUAAACUA